AUGCAGGAAGCUUCUUAUGUAAUGUUUAAAAAUAAUCAAAAUAUAACUGAUUUAACAAAUCUUAAUUAUACAAAUAAUGAUUUUGAAGGUUUUUGUGUUGAUUUACUUGCAGAAUUGUCUCGUGCACUGAAAUUUUGUUAUGAAAUCAAACCGAUUACAACAUUAUGUUAUGAUGAUAUGGUUGAAGAAGUGAAAAAUAAAAGAGCUGAUUUAGCUGUUGCACCAUUAACAAUUAAUUAUGUUCGUGAAAAAGAAAUUGAUUUUACAAAACCAUUUCUUAGUUGGAUUUAUACAUUUGCUGCUGUAUUUACAGUUAGUUUUAUUCUUCUAUUAAUUGCUCGAUGUUCACCGGAUGAAUGGUGA